UUGUCUGUCUGAUUUAAUUUUCCGGCCGCGUUGUGGCGUACAAAACGAUGGAGAUACACAGCCUGCUUCGUAGUCGCAGCACGGGCGGAAAAUCAUUUCUGGACGCAAGCUACAUAGCUCGUACGUUGCCCAUACAAAUGCAAGAGCGCGAAAUCAAUUUUGGAGAAGACACAGACAAAGUUUUUGCCUCCUGCUGGCUGGACGAUGACCGCGUGUUGUGUGGCACAAAGUGCAACCAAUUGUUUAUCACGGACGUUGUGAGAAAUCGAAUCACUCCUGUUGAGACUAUAAAGGAACAGUGCCCGUCUUCGACAAUUGACGAUCAGUGUGACGAGAUUGGUGGUAUACACGACAUCGAUAUUUCGCCGUCUCGAGAGUUCCUUGCUACUGGAGGGAGGAAUGCUAGCGACGUCGCUGUGUAUAGAUUGCCCGCUAUCGAGCCGUAUUUCAUUGGUCAUGGUCAUUCGAACUGGAUUUUUUCUCUGGCAUGGCUUGAUGAUCAUUUUCUUGUGUCAGGCUCUCGAGACGGUACCAUGUGUCUCUGGUGUACCGGUAUCAUUCCGGAUUUCGGAUGCGAAGGCUGCAAACACAUCAACGCCAUGCCGGCAGACGAAUUCGGCUUGCGGUGUACCGUGCCCAUACUCAGAAAGACACUACCCGAGAGAAACCACCGCGUCAGAGCACUAAACUACGAUCCAAACCCACAAACAUUGGCUGCUUUGUCUCUCAGCUAUGAUCCCAGUCUUUUGAGGUCUCUCAGUCCUCCUCGCUCUCAAGGGGCCACGCUGUCUUUCUGGGACUCGAACACGUUUCGUGUCAAACGGUCGGUCAAGUUGCCGUACCACGACGAAAACGUGUCGCUGGCGAAACAUCCAGACGUUCGUCUGUACGCCAACGGAUCGCAGAAUCACAUCACGUUUCUAGACGAGAGAGACACGCAGAUAACGAACAUUCUCGCACCCGAUCACCAAUUGAAUCCGGGAGUUAGAUCAUUAAGUUUUUACGAGCACAUCCUGACUAUAGGCGGUGGACGAGGAAAAAUCGCGUUUUAUGACAUUAGAGCGUUCAAGUACUUAGAGAGGAACAGAUUCAGCGAGCAGCCCUGGUCUGCAUGCUAUCUGCGAGCAGGACACGGAUAUCUGAGACAAGAUGUGAAUUAUAUGGAGAACUAUUCGGGGCAGCCUCCGCCUGAGAAUGCCAUCUAUACACACUGCUACGAUGCGUGUCAUCGACGACUGUUUUCGGCUGGUGGGCCACAUCAGGCGGGAUUGUUUGGUAACUAUGCGGCAUUAUGGCAAUAGGCACACACACACACGCAGAUAUGUACAGGUUAGUGACAAUGAAAUUGUUAGUAAUAGCGGUAAUUUAGUACAGGCUUUCUAUACUGGCUACUGAGCAGCAUGAUGUACAAUUCAAUA